GCCCACUGUAGGCCAGCUAGACCGCCCCAAGGUUGGGCAUUCUUUAAGCUACCCGCCAGCAUAGGUAGGUUACCUUAGGUCACUGAUGCAGACGACGUACGAAUGGAAGCUACAUGCAUCAUCAGCCACACUCCAUGAAACCCACUUCUGGGACCUUUUGCUGUAUGGUUUCCGAAGGUAGAUUCCCACCGUCCCCCGAUCUACGUUCGGUUUCCAUCCUCUACUUCUCCCAUAUACAGCUCCCACAGCAAUAUCUCGACGCUGUGCGAUACCAGACGUUCUGGAGAAUUGACCACAAUAAUCCUUCCCCUGGCUACGCCUCCGGAACUUAUAUCUUCUCUCUCCGUGUGGAGCUGCCGCCGCCGCAGCAACUGUGUCAACGUCACCCCCAACCUCCGUCAUCCUAGCUCGUCAGCUUCAGCUUCAGCUUCAAGUCUGCAUCACUCCGUCCUAACAUCUCAAGAAUCCCCAAGAUGGCAUCUCUCAAUACCUCGAUAAAUGGUCCGUCCAUUAAGAGCAGUUAUAGCAGUGUUGUCAACGGUGUCCCGCCAUCUUCCGACUCUCCUACUCAUGCUCAUUGGGCCCUAUUCUCGGUCCAGGCCCCUCUUUUGAAUGCCUUCCAAGACAGCGGAGCCAAGGAGAGUAUUCUCAAGGUUCAAGGAACAGGUGAAAGCGACCUCGCCGAUCUGAUUGAGGACUUUAGUGAAGGGCGCAUUCAAUUCGCAUUUGCCAAGGUCAAGGAUCCCAACAGUGGCCUUCCUAAGAACAUAUUGAUCGCAUGGUGUGGAGGAGGUGUUCCGGAGCGAACCAAGGGCUACUUCACCAGCCAUCUCGCUGCGGUUUCCAAGAUCCUCCACGGAUACCAUGUUCAGAUUACCGCUCGCUCCGAGAGCGACCUCGAAAUUGAGUCCAUCAUGCAAAAGGUGGCCGAUGCUUCCGGCGCCAAGUACUCAGCGGGAGGCUCAGACAGUCCUCGUUCUGCUGCACCUCCUCCUGUCAAGACCAAGCCUGUCUUCACCCCUACAGCCUCCAGCCGUGCCAACCCACUCGUCGCUGCUCGAUCCAAACGAGAGGAAAAUGUCGACGAGGAUGGAUGGGGUGCUGAUGCUCCUCCUGUCACAAGGACUCAGAUUGAAAAGGUCGAGUCUGCUUACAAGCCUACAAAGGUCAACAUUGCUGAUCUCAGCAAGCAACCCACGUCGACUACCAGCGGAAGCGCCCCCGUCAAGCGCGACGACACACCAGGUGACGUGGUGAAGGGCGGCUAUCAACCCAUUGGCAAGGUCGACAUUGCAGCUAUUCGGGCUCAGGCUCAAAAGGACCAGGAUGACAGGCCAACUCCUGUGAAGGGAUCCUACGAACCCGUAGGAAAGGUUGACAUUGCUGCAAUCCGGGCACAGGCUAAGCCUGCUGCCUCGGAGAAACCUCAGGAGGACGAGACCCGACCUGUAUCAGAACGCAUGUCUGCUUUCUCUCAGCCAGCUCAGUCGGAGCGUUUAACGUCCCUUCCUAAACCCAAGGUCACCAACAAGUUUGGUGGCGCAGGAGGCUUUUCGGGUACAAAGGCUCCUACACCCGGUGGCCUAGGCUUUGCAGCUCCCGCUCCUGCAAAGUCUGCUCCUGUUGGUGCGGCAAGCCGUACAUUUGCUGAUCAAGGCGGAAAGACUCCUGCCCAAUUAUGGGCUGAGCGAAAGGCCAGGGAGAGGGGGGAGGACACCUCCAGUACUCCCGCCCCUGCUCCUGUCGGUAACACUUCUCCUGUUCAACCACAGAAGAGCGGAAGCGAGUGGAAGAGUGGCUACUCGGGUAAGAGCUGGGCUCCAGUGCAGACUGGCGAUUAUGGUCGCGGUGUGCCUGGACAGAUUAGUCAGGAAAACACAGGCGAGCAACCUGAGGAUACACCAGCAUCGCCAUCAGGUGUGUCGGCUCUGCGAGACCGUUUCAAGGACACUGCCCCUAUCAGCGCGGGAGCCCCUCCCCCUCCCGCUGCUCGCCCUGCAGAGGACGACACUGCACCACCGCCGGUUCCUAGCGGUCGCCCAUCAGGAGGCUUUGCCCUUCCCGGACUGCCUAGCCGACCAGCACCUACAGAUGAGCAGGAUGACGAACGGGAAGACCCCUCCGCUUAUCAAACAGUUACAGAGCGCGAGAGAUCCCCCUCACCCCCUCGUGUUGCUGUUCCAGUCAGCCGUGGACCUGUGCCAGAAGUCGGCACCCCCCCUGAGCAGCGAGCUCCACCUCCUAUGACUCCUAGCCAGAUUGAUGUGCCCAAAGAGUCUGAUCUUCCAGACGAUAAGGAGGUUUCAUCUACCGCCCGUUUUGCUGGCGGUGCGGCUGCAGGUAUUGCUGUAGGUGCUGCUGUUGGGGUCGGAGCUGCUGCUGCAGCCGGCGCUCUCGAGCGUGAGCCCAGUCCAGAGCCAGAGCCAGAGCCAGAGCCAGAGUCUCAUCGCGCCGCUGAAUCCGCAGCUCAGCUAGUUCAAGAGUCUCAGGGAGGUUAUCGUGCCGUGAUCCAAUACGACUACGAGAAGGCUGAGGACAACGAAAUCGACCUGAUCGAGGGCGAUGUUGUCACUAACAUUGACAUGGUGGAUGAAGACUGGUGGAUGGGCACUAACUCGCGUGGUGAGAGCGGCUUGUUCCCCAGCAACUACGUUGAAUUGGUGGGGGAUGAUGAUUCAGAGCAACCGGCUGCUGCGGCGGUGCCUCCUCCACCACCACCCGUUGCUGAGCCCGAGCCCGAGCCCGAGACUCAAGCUCCGGCUGCUGCUGCUGCUCCGGCUGAGGCCGGCCACACGGCUGUUGCCCUCUACGAUUACGAGGCGGCUGAAGACAAUGAAUUGAGCUUCCCUGAAGAUGCCACAAUUACCAAUUUGGAGUUCCCUGACGAAGAUUGGUGGUUUGGUCACUAUGCUGGACAAGCCGGUUUAUUCCCAGCCAAUUACGUGCAACUCAACCAGUAAUCUUUGGGCGUGCUUUGUUAUCAAUGAUGAGGCGAAAGGAAUGCAUUAAGCUUGUGGGGUGGGAAAAAACUUGACGGUAGAUGAAAGAACGCUAUUAGCUCGCGUACAGUUUCAAAACAAAUGAUUCAAUGUUCUAUAUUCAUGUCAAUUGGUUCAUGUCGAUAGUAUGAUACAGUAGCUAUUGCCGUGUACGUGGUAAUGACGAGCUACGCCCAUCGAUCAUUCAGUAUGCUCGAGCGUUGAAAACGUUGAACCCAGUCGGCUGUUCAGUGCGGUUACUGACUGGAUUUAUUUGUGCUGAUAACGCCACGUCCACCAUCUCUGCGAAAGAACGUCAUAUAUUAUUUAGUCAGGGGACGGGGUCUUUGUCAAUUGUUUUACAAAUUGUUUGAAGAGGUGUAAGGAUUCUCGAGGUUUUUUAUAGGGCCAUGCGUGGGCUGAUUAUAUGUAUCGUGUGGAUCGUAUCUACUUUGUUUCGUUGAGGCAGGCCGUUUAGAAGAGGCAGUCACAACAAUCGAUGCUAUAAGCGACA